CGACAACCUCUAACUACAGAAUAAUAAUAAUGAUGAUGAGGGUUUGUUGGGUUUGUUGGGGAGCGUUCUUGAGGUUUGAGGUGAAUUAAAUUCGCCUUCGCCGACGCCAACGGGAAACAGUUUGCGCGGCGGCGACUCGGAUUCUCGGAAACUAUACUCUGUACUCUGUACUCUGUACUCUGUAUAUACUCCGUACGAUGGAUGGGCACUCGCCUCAUUGGUCUCAGAAAUUUAUUCAUUAUUAUUAUUCAUGCCUAGGAACACGUUGUAGUGGCGGCGGCUAUGGCGAUAAUUCUGAGGGACCGACCUGGGUUAGGAUAGGAUAGGCUGUAUGUAUGCAGUGUGGGACGAGAAAGAAUGCAAGGUCCGUUAAGUAGUUAUACAACACGCAAGACGUUCCGCAAUUGGUGGUCAUUGAAUCUUUCCCCGUUCGAGUUUUCUGGUUUGUCUAUAUAUAUAUAUAGUUAUAUAUAUAUAUCUCAUCCCAACGAGCAGAAAGGCCGGACAGAUGCCAGCGAAGUGUCAACGGGCCCGGCCAGCGAAAGCUGGCUUACAACAAGGUGAUGUGGUGCUGAUUACCUGCUAUAUAUGUGUGUUAAAAAAUUGCCCUUUCUUCCUCUCCUGAUGAUCGAUCAUAUUGGAUAUAACUCGAAUGAAUCGCCGCCCCACGCUAUUAUUUUCUUUUCAUUUUCCCCCCCUUGUUCCUAGUUUCUCUCAAGUUGCCCUCACUCUGAAAUGCGCGUCUUCAUUUCUGUCUGCGUUUCGCCAUCCAACAUCCAAACACCCAACACCCGGGCGAAUGAGUGAAUGCCUUUGUUGGUUUUGUUCCGCCAACAAGGAACACUCCCGUGGCCAACAUCGCCCGGGAUAAGGUCUCUUGGUGGCUGUUUGUCCACAUCUGCUUCUCCCGGAAAGUAAACAACAAAAGUUGCUCAAUUCAAGAAUAUACGUCUUUCUUUUAAUUCCGUGUGUUGGUAAAUUCUGAAACCAACAUACGCGUGGUGGCUCAAUCACCUUCACCAUUUCACUAUUUCAAAAGAAGACUUGUGCCUCUGAUAUCCACACGUAUAUACAUUUGGUAUAUACGCUACCUGUGAAUUUCCUGUAACGCCGGUUCAAGUGCCACUGGUUCAUUGUCUAGUUUCAGACUUGUUCUGUGGGUUGCCCUUCUGUUCCGUGUGGAGAGUACCUUUUCCAUCACCAACAAGUAGGAGGAGGCUUCAGACGUUCUCAUACUCACAUACAUCGAUAAAUGCUCAUCGACAUCUAUCAUAUAUAAUAUUGCCCAUGACAUCUACAACUUUCUCUCUGUUAACCUCUCCAACAAAACUAAAGCAAGCCGCCCUGCGAACUCUCUCCAAACAAUCUUCAACAGCUCAAUAACGAAUUAAGCAUUCAGCAUGCCCGCUUCGGGGUCCCCUAUCACGCCCACUACAUCCUCACCACGUUGGUACGGGAGGACAGACCACACGCAGAAGCACACUGCCCUUGACUAUGCUGAAGAAGUAGGAAACCCCUUUGCGGGGACCCUAACACCUACGGGGAACUUAACACCAACCGAGAGCCGAACUCCAAGGACUGAUCGUCGUUUUCCAAGCACAUACUUGACAGCCACCGAACGAGCACCCCCGGACGCCUCGCAGGCAAUUUCUAACAUCAACUUUUCAGACAGCCAGAUGUGGUCCCGGGGGGACGCCGAUCUGGAGGAUUCCGAACAGGCAACCCGACUUCCUACACUGAUCUUACCCCCCGCGGAUGCUCCAAAGCUACACCCGGAUCACCCCCUAAGCGCGGACUUCACCACCGCUGAAAUGAAGACUGCGAUAGCAUCACAGGCGACGCGCGACGCCGCAGCAGCCAUGUUUGAAGGCCCAAGCUUCUGCCCAACCAGAGAAUUACAGAUGCCCCGGACCGGAUUCUGUGCCCAGCUCGGCCUCCUCUUCGUAGCCCUUUGCCCCAUCCUCAUCGUCCCUCUCUUCUGCACUCUUGCCUUGAUUGGACUUUGGAUCCCCGAGGGACAUGGCCAUAAUAAUACUAUUAAUUCUACGCAUGGACUAACGGUGCCGCCGUCUGUUACGGUAACGCAGACGCAGGUGUUCACCCAGGGAGAAACGAGAGGGACUAUGCUACCUACUAGCGGGGUUGUGGAGAGUACGAAAGCUGUGGAGGAUUCGGCGAUAUUUCUAUUUCCGAGUGCUGUUCAUCCUAAUGGAGGCCUUGGGCGAUAAUUAGCGGGGAGGUGGGGGCAGUUAAGGGUUGCUUGUUGUUCAAGAGUCAAGACUGAUGGUGAAUAUUUGGUUCUUACUUUUUACCCCUUGGCAGUUUCGCGAAAAGAAAUCUGAUUGUCUGAAUGGAUGGAGCAUUUGGUGGUUCUCACAAUUUCGCUUCUGCCUUUCAUUUCUUUUUCAUGAAUUUCCCGGAAUACGAUAUCUAUCUUUUCAAAGCACAUCUUCAUCAUGCUUGAGAAUGCCACUGUUGAUACUUGGUUAGAUGGGUAAAUGACUCUAGACAUGCACAUUCACUAUAUCAAACUGGCCGUGUCAUACUGGUGCUUAUCUUGCACUUAUACCUCACUCGUGCUCCUCCCUUUCGUAUGGAGAUCGGAAACUCACCAGCUACUCCAACAUGCUUCCUUCACUGGAUUGCGUGCAAUUUAAUUAACGCUCCCAGGGCAGAUCAUGCUUUACCCACUUCUUGUUGCUCUGUUUUCCCCAA